UUGUCAAAUUGUCAAAUUUAUUUGUGUAAAUAAUGAAUUAUUUAUAUAAAUAUGAAUUUUCAUAAACACCGCUUUUUAUUUCCAAAACUUAACCAAUCCCCCUCAUAAUUAUUUACAUCGAUUUCUUGUUUGGCAUUGAUUUUAACACUGGACAGUUAGGUUCAAUGACCGUCAUAUUCAAGGCCACGCAGUCACAGCGAGCAAUGUUGUUAGAUCAACGCACAACUGCAAUGACAAUGCACUGCACCAAUGCAUAGGCAGCCAACAACAAGCAAGCAUCACAACGAUCGAUUCAACCAAAGCAUUGCGCCAAUGCAUAAACACACAACAACAAGCAAGCAUGGCACAAUGCAUAAACGCACAACAACAAACAAGACUCACUGGGCAUUGAUGCUAAUGCAUGGUAGUGGAGACCGGACAACGCAGGCAUAGCAUAACAACAAAGACCAUGCAUGACAGUGAACCAUCGUUCGAUGAUGGCAAAGCGAAUGCAUGGAAGACAAAAUUUAUAACUGUUUUGUCUAACAACAAAAAGGCUUUGCCAUAGAAAGUCUGAGAUCACGUGACAUGCUGCGAUCCUAUAAAAAGGAAAAGUUCUAUGAGAAGUUCUUUCAGUUUUUGAAGUGAACAACAGCAAAGAAGUCAGGUGAGUCAGAGUGGUGACAAGAUAGGAAAACUGUUAGAGGUGUCAUAGCCCUUCGGUAACUCGUGUUCUCUAACUAGAUUCUAAACCCUUGAGGUGUCGCAAAGCCCUUGGGUUCUUCGGGAAUUUAGCCCUUGAGGUGUCGUAAAGCCCUUGGGUUCUUCGGGAAUUAACCCCUUGAGGUGUCGUAAAGCCCUUGGGUUCUUCGGGUUUCUUCGCUUCUAACCCCUUGAGGUGUCGUAAAGCCCUUGGGUGCUUCGGGAAUUAACCCCUUGAGGUGUCGUAAAGCCCUUGGGUUCUUCGGGUUUCUUCGCUUCUAACCCCUUGAGGUGUCGUAAAGCCCUUGGGUGCUUCGGGAAUUAACCCCUUGAGGUGUCGUAAAGCCCUUGGGUUCUUCGGGUUUCUUCGCUUCUAACCCCUUGAGGUGUCGUAAAGCCCUUGGGUGCUUCGGGAAUUAACCCCUUGAGGUGUCGUAAAGCCCUUGGGUCUUCGGGUAUUAACCCCUUGAGGUGUUUUGAAGCCCUUGGGAUCAUCGUAUUUAUCCCCUCGAGGCGUUAAAGCCCUUCGGGUCUCUUCGUUUGUAACCCCUUGAGGUGUCAAAGCCCUUGGGCCUUCUGGUAUUAACCCCUUGAGGUGUUUUGAAGCCCUUGGGUUCGUCGUAUCUAUCCCCUUGAGGCGUUAAAGUCCUUCGGGUCUCUUCGUUUUUAACCCCUUGAGGCGUCAAAGCCCUUGGGCCUUCUGGUAUUAACCCCUUGAGGUGUUUUUGAAGCCCUUGGGGUCAUCGUUUUAACCCCUUGAGGUGUAAAGCCCUUGGGUUCUUCUUUAUCAACCCCAUUGAGGUGUUCAAGCCCUUCGGGUAUCCCCGUUUAAUCCCUUGAGGUGUCUACAGCCCUUGGUUUCUACGUUCUUCAAUCCCUCGAGGUGGGGUGUUUUCGACAAACACAGGAGGAUAACCAGCAUCAGAAGAGCAAGGACGCUAAAUUUGCCGCAUUAUAUACCAAAAUCUAUAUAUACUUUCUUACAAGAGCUGUUUAAUAUAAGUAAACCCCAAUCAAUUCUGAAUAAACGUUAUUUAUUUUGCUUAAAACACAAACAACUUGCGUUUUUUACUCUCUCGGUCACUUUAUAAAUUUCUGUGGCAGACCCUAGACCCCGCGAGCAUACCUUAGCCAGAAGAAGGGAAUUUGGGUCGUUACAGUGGCGCCCGAGCAGGGACCGUGAGAGAGUUUAAACGUUAAACAAGAAUUGAUUGGAAGGUUACGGGAAUGCCGGCAUCUUUGCGUGUCUCCUGGGCCUACACCCUAAGAAGGGAAGACUUGUUGGCCUAUUUAGAGGAGUUCGGUUGUCCAACAUCUGGUACUGUCGAAGAGCUUCGGAGACGGUUCGCCCUCCUAUUAUCGGAGGAUCACUCCCCUCAACGAUUCUCUCGACUCAUAGAAUUGCAGGAGAAAUAUGAGAAGCCAGCUACUAGCCAGGAAUUGAAGUUUCUCACCCCGCAGAAAACACCCAGUAUAACGGUCACCGCGUCAACUACUCCAUCCGGAGGAAUCAAUGUUCCAGCAAACGAAAACCAAGCCGCGGCUGCUUCUUCAAAUAUUACCCCCGUACAGCCUAGUACGGAUAUUAACAAAGAUAAGGCGGUUUGGGAUCCUCGAGCCCUAGCAGACCAGGUCCGAAAAUGGAACAUCAGUUAUGAUGGUAGUCGAGGUCCCCUAGAAUUUAUCGAAAGACUGGAAGAGCUGGCCGUCAUGUAUGAGGUUAACCUUGAAUAUUUGCCCCGAAUGAUGCCAGAAGUAUUAAAGGAAAAUGCAUUGGUAUGGUACCGGAACAACAAUCAGCAAUGGACAACCUGGAAACAACUUCGAGAAGACUUCCUUCGUUUCUUUUUGCCGUCUAGGUAUUUCGAACAGUUGGAAGACGAAAUACGAAAAAGAAAACAACGGCCACGGGAACCCUUUAAAUCAUAUACGUUAAGCAUGCAAAACUUGAUGCGCCACACCGCAUAUACGGAGGGCCAGAAACUCGAAAGGAUUUUUAGAAAUGCCCUCCCAGAAUACCUCUGGUAUAUAAGACGCCGGGAUUUUCAUACGCUUAGCGACCUGCUCGAAAUGGCAGACGAUUUAGAGAGUUUACCUCCCGGUUCCGGUCCCAUACGCGAGCAACAUCGACAAAUAGAUCCGACCGACCUGGGAAGCAAACAGGACCGCCUCGAUCCAAGCACUGCCUGUAGACGCUGUGCUCAACCUGGACAUUUUGCAUCUGGGUGUAGAAAUUCUCAGGUUUUGUUUUGCUGGGAUUGUGGUCGUAGAGGAGUACGCACCACAGAUUGUUGCCGCGUUAUGUCGGGAAACGGCAAUCGGGUCCGAAAGAACAGAGGGGCAACGGAUCCGCUGAAAAUGGCCAGUCCCCUCAACUGAGAACUUCGCUUCACGUCGAAGCAACUAAACUGGUGGCCACUAUAAUAGUUGCGGGUCAGCCUCUAGCUGCAACGGUGGAUACUGGGGCCACUAGUAAUUUCAUCAGUGAAAAACUACGCGACACCAUUGGGCCGGACCUCUUAAGUACACCACACACUGCCCAUGUUACCUUAGCCGACGGUUCCCUACGGCAAAUACGAGAAGCGGUUCAUACUCAGGUCAUCUUUGGAAACCGGCGAUUGUCAGUCAGAUUUCUAGUUAUGCCUGACGCCACAGAGGACCUACUACUAGGACUAGACUUUUUAGUUAAAAGCGAGGCACGUAUCAGCUGUGCCGGUCUCACCUGCGAAUUCGGAGUCCAGCCAGAAGUACAUCAUCUCGGAACAAUCAUAACCACGUCAGCAGCUAACGAAGAAGGAGCCGAAGCGGCUGGACAUAAAACGAUUCCCAAAAAUCAAUAAUGGACCAACCUACCCAACCAUUACGUACAAAGGCUUUUUACAAGCAUCAAUACCAGCUUGUGGAGUCGCUCAAACCCUGCUCGGUUGUGCUCACGAGGUUAACAGAGGGGGAAACCGAUGCACUGCGGAAAAAGAACGCAAGGUCCACACUUGCCCCUAAGCCAUCCAAGAGGGCCAACACCAGCGAACCCACAAGGAGGAGGUCCCACAACCAAAAGAAGAUGCGACGUGAAGUGCCAUCGUCCUCACCGGUAGUAGUCGAGACCAUCGUUAUCUCAUCUGACGAUGAGGUACCAUCUACCCCGCCCCGGAGACCACCUGUGGUACACGACUACCCCAUCACCCCCCCUCCUACAGUGUCACCCAUGGCAGCCGGAGACACCUUAACCGACUUACCACCGACGCCAGGUCGUACCCUCUUCAUGGACACGGGAUUUCCACCGACACCCGGACGUAACAUGGGUUUGGCUCUGUCCCCUCGGUAUGCACCGGACUCUGAGUCGGAAACCGAAUACGGUCAACCCCAUAUAAACCGUCGGUUGGAACAAGUAAGAAGCCCGAACCCCCCGACAGUAUCCAGUGUGGUUGUCGUACCGGUAACUUCGGAAAAAUCUGUUGAGGACAUCCAAUUUGAAUGCCGGGAAAUGUUACCAGAGGAAAUUAGGAGCGAAUUACAGCCAUGUCUGCGAGAAGCCCUUCGUCGCUGGAUACCUCACCACCAACAUAAGCGUGUUUUUACCAUUGGCGGGAAGAAGCUCCGGGUCCACGUAAAUCGACAAGGCAAAACUUUUGUGCGGAUGUUGUGAAAGCAGCCGGCUCAUUUAGGGAGGGGAGGCAGUGUGACGACGAAAGUCAUUUCAUUUGUUUUCGUCCCCACUUUGUUGUUUAAUUGUCAAAUUGUCAAAUUUAUUUGUGUAAAUAAUGAAUUAUUUAUAUAAAUAUGAAUUUUCAUAAACACCGCUUUUUAUUUCCAAAACUUAACCAAUCCCCCUCAUAAUUAUUUACAUCGAUUUCUUGUUUGGCAUUGAUUUUAACACUGGACAGUUAGGUUCAAUGACCGUCAUAUUCAAGGCCACGCAGUCACAGCGAGCAAUGUUGUUAGAUCAACGCACAACUGCAAUGACAAUGCACUGCACCAAUGCAUAGGCAGCCAACAACAAGCAAGCAUCACAACGAUCGAUUCAACCAAAGCAUUGCGCCAAUGCAUAAACACACAACAACAAGCAAGCAUGGCACAAUGCAUAAACGCACAACAACAAACAAGACUCACUGGGCAUUGAUGCUAAUGCAUGGUAGUGGAGACCGGACAACGCAGGCAUAGCAUAACAACAAAGACCAUGCAUGACAGUGAACCAUCGUUCGAUGAUGGCAAAGCGAAUGCAUGGAAGACAAAAUUUAUAACUGUUUUGUCUAACAACAAAAAGGCUUUGCCAUAGAAAGUCUGAGAUCACGUGACAUGCUGCGAUCCUAUAAAAAGGAAAAGUUCUAUGAGAAGUUCUUUCAGUUUUUGAAGUGAACAACAGCAAAGAAGUCAGGUGAGUCAGAGUGGUGACAAGAUAGGAAAACUGUUAGAGGUGUCAUAGCCCUUCGGUAACUCGUGUUCUCUAACUAGAUUCUAAACCCUUGAGGUGUCGCAAAGCCCUUGGGUUCUUCGGGAAUUUAGCCCUUGAGGUGUCGUAAAGCCCUUGGGUUCUUCGGGAAUUAACCCCUUGAGGUGUCGUAAAGCCCUUGGGUUCUUCGGGUUUCUUCGCUUCUAACCCCUUGAGGUGUCGUAAAGCCCUUGGGUGCUUCGGGAAUUAACCCCUUGAGGUGUCGUAAAGCCCUUGGGUUCUUCGGGUUUCUUCGCUUCUAACCCCUUGAGGUGUCGUAAAGCCCUUGGGUGCUUCGGGAAUUAACCCCUUGAGGUGUCGUAAAGCCCUUGGGUUCUUCGGGUUUCUUCGCUUCUAACCCCUUGAGGUGUCGUAAAGCCCUUGGGUGCUUCGGGAAUUAACCCCUUGAGGUGUCGUAAAGCCCUUGGGUCUUCGGGUAUUAACCCCUUGAGGUGUUUUGAAGCCCUUGGGAUCAUCGUAUUUAUCCCCUCGAGGCGUUAAAG